GACGUCAGACGAGAGUUCUGUUUUUGUGAGAGAUGAUAAAAGUGAUGAUUUAUUGUUGCUAUUCACAUAAAAUAUAAAGAUAUAUAAAUGGGUGAAAGAGUCAGAAAGUAAAUAGUGAUGGCUUCCGAUAAAGCAGAUCUUUUGUUUUUCGAUACUUUCUCCCACGACACGAGUGAGGAACUUAACUUAGAUCUAGUGCAGUUUCCAAAGUCGGUGUUUGUGACAGAAAUACGUAUUAUUCCGCUUGGGGCGAGAGUCGAAGGUGAUUUCCCCGGUGGUGUGCGCUUAGGUGCUACAAAUCCUACAAAGUUUCACAUAGACUUCUUUGUCAACGACUUAAGUAAGCCUGGAGCGUGCACUUUUGAAGCUCUAGGUAGCUUAGACUAUUGUCAGAAUGGACAGAUUCACAUGGAAUGCAGCAAUGUCGCAGAUCAACCUAAAAUACCUACGGAUGGACUUGUACUCAGAGGAUGCUAUACAACAAUCACAUUAGCUGUUUAUGGCAAUUUGACUCAAAUUUUACCUGAAGCACCAGCUGUUGUCAACACUCCCCCAAAUAUACAAAGACCCGUGAGUCGGGAAGUAGCUGCUUUACCAGCUAAUGUACCUCAAUCAUCAGACUGGAAUCAAGAUGUUACUAAUCCCAUCCCAGCUUACACUGGAAAUGUUGCUACACCUAACCCCGAGACUUACGGUCCAAAUCCAUAUCCCGAAAACUAUGAGAAUCCUCAAUAUAGAACAGAUUAUUACCCUAAUGAGCCACCAAAAGACCCCAGAACAUAUCAGAUUGAAGAAACCGAGUGGGAAAAAAAUAGACGUGAUUUGAGCUGUGAUAUAGAAGGUGACAGAUUGCGGCAAAGCCCUCGGUCUCUAGAAAUUGAUAGAGCGAGGCGCGAUGGAAGAAGUCGUAGACGAUCACCCGAUCUUGGCAGAAGUCGCGAUUCAUCUCGACAAAGAGAUCGAAGUCGAGAUUUGAACAGAAUAGAACGAAUCCGAUCAAGAUCUGUCAGCAGAGAUAGGGACUACAUCGUCAAAGGAGAAUAUAGAAUGAGUCGAUCUCGUUCUAGAAGUAUCGACCGCGAUUGGGAUAGAGGGUCAUACAAAAAGGAUGACUUCAGACGUCACCGUGGCCCCUCAUAUGACAGAUCCCGCGGUGGGUCCUAUGAUAGGUCACCUUAUGAUCGUGCACCUUCGUAUGAACGCAAGCCAUUAGAUAAAAGCGGUCCCUACGAGAGAAGAAGUUCUUCUUAUGAACGGCGGGCUCCUUCACCUUAUGAAAGAAAGAGACAUUCACCGUAUGGUCGUAUGCGGGGUUCAAGUUACGACAGUAGAUCACCAAGCCGCGAUGAUCUUAGAAAAAGACCUCGAACUCCGCCCGGUGAAAGAAGGCCUCUGUCACCUAGAGAAGGCGAUGUAACUAGUCCAAUUAAUUCUCUCCGUUCUGGUGAAGGUGGUGACUAUGAUAGAGGAGGCAAGCAGAUUCCAAGGGUUGAUUUCUAUCACCAAAACUAUAGACAUAAAAGCUCUAUUAGAAGUCCAUCUCAAGAGCUCGAAAAGGCAUACGUUGAGCCUCAACAUUCAAGUCUAGUUACUGUUCCGAUAGUUGAUAGCACUCCGCCAGCAAAAACUAUCGUAUCGCCAGUACGUAAUCAAGAGGAAGACAAGUCAAUGGAUGUUGAACAGUUCGAACCGAUUCUCUCUGAUGAAGAUAUAUGUGAUGAUCUAGAGAGUACUCCGUUUAUAGAGAUGGAGUAUGACGUUAACGAUUACUGCGGAGUUGAUGACAUAAUAAAGUAUUACAAUCCAUUUAAAGCUGAGUGGAAAAAAUACGACCAUGUUAAUAGAAUUUACAUGAAAGCUGAUGCUGAUAAAGAAGGCGUAAAAGACGUUUUGUCAGCAACAUUCGAGGAAUUGUGCGAUGUCAACAUAGACCUAUUCAAAAUAUCGGAGAUAACAAAGUCCACCCAAAAGAGGGAACAGAAGUUCUUCUCGAGUACCUUUCAAGAUAUUGAUAAUUCUUCUAGAGAAGAUUGGGUACACACUUGCGAACAGCUUGUCAUAUCGUUGACGAGUCUAUUCAGAGAUACCGAUAUAGCGCUACGGAUCUUUCGUCCGGUUAACAAAACAGAACCUGUUAAUGAAUUUACGAAUAUUUAUAAUCUUUUGGUAAGUUUUUGUAAGAUCGGUUUGAACUUUGACUAUGCCUUAGGACAACAACAGCCUACAUACAAAAUAAGGCACAUGAAAUGCGGAAUCAGGUUAGCAGAAGGGCUUUUGUCGCAUCGACACAACGGACUUGUAAUGCAGUGUCUGUUAAGUGCAGGAAUCGACAUUCCUAUGCUACUUCUAGAGAUAUAUGCAAAAGAGUAUAUGGCACUAAGCAUUCGUCUUAUGAUACUCAAGGCUUUAGAUGCUUGUCUCUCUUCGAAAGCAUCAAUAGACCAUUUCAUGCAAGACACUAUGUUUCCCAAAUUCCAUAAAAAUGAUAGUGAUUUUAAUAGAAAACCAAUGAAUGGAUAUGAAGCCCUUAUAAAGAUAAUGGAAAGUAAUCCAUUAGCAAGAGUAAAAUUUUCAUUAAGUUCUUUGAUUAAGAAGUUAAAUGUUUAUGAAGUUUUGGAAAAAUUCCAUGAUUUAGUAAUUAACUUGAACACUGAUGUUGACAAAAGCCAAUGUGAAUCUACGGAGAUUUCGGAGAAAGAUGUAGAAUUCGUUAUGAACGCAUUUGAAGAAAUAUUAUAUAUGUAUCGCUCGCAAUGUUUUCACAUUUCCCAGCCUAAAAGGUUCCUUCCUGUAUCAGCACAGUUCGAUAUUAACAAAGAAUGCUCGAACGAAACGUUGUUGCAGUUCUUCGAAAUCCAUAAUUUCUUAGGGGCUUGUCUUUUUUUACUCACCUGUCAAUCGACAUGCAAUAAUUUAGUUAUUACUAGCAGAAUACACGAUUUGAUUUAUGAGUUGGUCAAUUCACACAAUGGACUAAAAUUUUUGUAUAAAAACUUGGCAGUGACUGAACUGUUUUUCAAAAUAUUAACACAACCUUAUAGUCAACAGAAUUCUGAAGAGACAUCAUACCCUCAUGAUAGUAAUCUAAGUAGUUACAGUGACUUACAGAUACUUGGUCUCGAGAUAGCUUAUCGAUUGAAAGCAAUGUAUUAUCUUGAAGCCAUAUCUGACAUUCAAGCAGGCAGAGGUGACGAAAAUGAACUUAUUGACAGACUGCAGGAUUUGUACUGUCUCAGUUUUGGAAAUGUUGGCAAAACUGCCGUGCCUGAUGUAAUUGUAAUGGGAGACAAUGCAGAUUGCUUAAUGACUGUCUUUGAGAAGAGUUUGAAAAAUAAACCCAGAAGUGAAUCUCCAACAAAACAAAAAUCACCUGCCAAAGGUUAUGCAAUCGAAUUGAUAGCGUCUGCAGUACGUUACUCGGCAAACGUACCGUUUUUAAAGAAAUAUGGUUCAAGACUUAUAAAUGUGUCGAAGGAACACGAUCGUUUUGAACCAAGUGUAUCGAGUAUUUUGCAGGAAGUGGUUCCGUAUUUAAAGCCAGUUGAGAAAGCUAGCAUAUUGGCUGGAGAGGAUCUGGCUGAGUGUGUGGAGAUACUGAAAGCUAGUCUCGAACACUCAUCGGACUUGCCUGGCGAACUUAUGACGUGUUUACGAAUACUUCGACACUUCUGCAUAUCGGAUUACGACAUAAAUCUAAAUAUUUCAUCUCCUGCAGACGAAUACGUAGAACUGAAAUAUAAAUACAAUGUGCUACAGUUGUUCUCUUUGGAUGGCGUCACGUGUUUGGCUGGUAUAUUAGAAAAGCUUGCCUCUCAUUAUGACCAGCCCAGUAUGCAUACUGCCUUCUUCGCCUCAGUCAAGGGACUACAACUUGCUCAGAUGUUGUUCCCGUGCUUAAGAUUACUGGACGAAAUGUUAGCAAGAGUUGUGCGCUGUCGAGGUCCAAGAUUUAGAGAUCUGACUGCAGCUCCUAUUUUGCUGAAGACAUACGGGAUAGCUAAGGCGUUUCCCAUCGGAAGUAUCGGAUAUAGGACAGCUGCUAAGGCUGCUGAGGCCGCUGUCCGAGCCUUACUUGCGUACGCUCAGCCCAUCGCGGACGAUGGAAAUGAUGGUGAAUCCAUCCGACGUGGUCCUUGGACUUCGCUGUGUUCUGAAGUUAUAUCUUACACGAUGACUGCGCCUUACACUUUCGUACCUGGAUUGUUAAUAUUCUCAGAGUUACUGCCGUUACCAAUGCCGAUACAAACGAAAAAUGCACCCACUGACCGUGAAUUAGCUGAUGCAUGUAACGAGAGAAGACUAUGGUCGGCACAUUUGCACGCUCUUUCCAGUGACUUGACGUAUUUAAUUCAGAUUAUCUGCAUGUCGACGUAUCGACCUGUAGUCCACAUGUUGCGAAGAGUCUGCGUGCAGAUUGCUGACUUGGCGCCGAAUACUGCUGCUACAGUAGCAAAAGCUGCCGUCGGGGCUGUCGUGCGUGAGAUGAAGGAAGGGGAACCUUCGUCGGCCAGCAUGGCGAGAGUUGUUGGUUUUCUGGCCUGUUUAGUUUCUCAUGCUCCUGUCAAAUGUGCAGUACUUCACGCAAUGAGCGCGGGACCGAAAAGCAAUGAAGUACAAACAGUUUUGUGCAGUAUUUUAAGUUUGUCAAAUGCUUCACACGAACACGCCACAGCUCAGGAGUAUGCAGCUCACACGCUGGCCGCUUUAUGCGACAUUGAAAUAACUUUAACACCUUUAACUUCACCAGAGUCCGUCUUGGCAAAUUCUUUACCAAAUAAAGAAACAUUGUCGGCUCUUUUAGACGCGACGGCAGAUUAUUUGGAGUCAACAACGAAGACGGGAACCGUGUCUUCUUCAGUUCUCCGAUCGUAUUACGUAUUGACGGAACACGAGUACGGCUUCCAGCAGUUUAGAAAGUUUGUGACCAGACGUCGCGAGUCUUUUGGGAAGUUCUUCAAGUGGGUUGUGGACAUUGGUUACGAUAGGGCGGAGUGUUUGAACCUGUUUCUUGACAUGAUCAAGGUUCUGAGGAGCGAGGAGAUUGCUGGACCUUUGGGCAGGAAGGGAACCCUGAGCUUGAAUGAAGUCGCAGAUAUGGUCGGUUAUAUUAGUACUGAAGAUGAUCAUCCUGUUUUAUCUUUGGAGAAAACGCUCAAAGAACGCAACGCUGAGGAGGAGGUAGUAUCGAACGCAACGUUCCUCGCGACGAACCUGGGGAAGUUGAAGUCGGAGGAGGUGUCUCCCCUGGAGGUGGUGGAGACAGUUCUGCCCGCGCCUGCUCCGCUGGUGGCGCAGUUCACGGGCCGCCAGGUGUACGUGAUCGGGGAACCAGGUGACGAGCGCCUCACCAGCAGCUACUGGCUGAACGUACCCUGCGCGGCCGGCGAGGACGACGUCAACGAUAACGAGCUUGUGCCGUGUGACAUCCUGGAGAUCGCCAACAGCCAGUUGUCCGUGGCGGGGUCGGUGCCUGGUGCUGAGGGUCUUUUGGCUGCCGUCAGGAAGCUGGUGGGGUGCCUCGACAGCAGGCCUGAGGCGAUGCCCUGCGAUGACAAGAGGCCCGCCGUGGCCCUGUCCCGCGUGCGCGCGGAGGGCGGGGCGGACGCGUUCCGCUCCCGGCCGCCCAACACGUCGCGGCCGCCGUCGCUGCACGUGGACGACUUCACCGCGCUGCAUCACCCGCCGCAUGCGACCCACACCAACAUCAACAGAGGCGUCCGUCGCGGGGCGGGCAGCGGGCCCACGAGCGGAGCGGAGCGGGGGCGGUUUGCGACGCCGCCGCACUACAGACAUAUGCGCGGCCGCGGCGCGUGGGAGAUGGGACAACACUUCGGACACUUCCCCCCGCACGCAGGCGCACCUCCCUACAUGAUGGGCGGUAUGGGGUGGGGCGGCGGAGCGGGCGUGAGACUGCAGCGGAACCCGCGGCACCGGGCCUUCAUGAGGUGAUCACCUACACUUGUAUAUUAAGAAGAUUGAAUCUUGAAAAAAAAUUCAAUAAAAUUAUAUUAAAAUA